AUGGCUUUGCCAUCCUGGUGCAGCGUGGCUCGCAGCGGCGAGGAGUGCAACACGCUCGGCUGCAAGAAGUCUGAGCGCUGCGAGCGGUCGAGCUCCUCGCGUGACAAUGGCCACCGCAAGAAACAGGGGCCUCCGGAUCGCCCCUCUCGCUUCCUCGUCCUCUCCUCCCAGCGCUCUGGCACGACGGCGUUCAUGAGCGGCCUUGCGCGCCUCUCGGGCUGCCUGCGGACUAGCGUAAACGAGCCUUUGUACCGCGUUGGGAGGAGAUGCCGCGAGACGUCGCUCUUCUCUACGUGCGCCGAGCCCCUCCUCGCGCGAGCCUUCGCGGCGAUGGGGUCGAGGUGCCGAGUUGCAGAGAGCGACGACCUGGCGCGGUACAACGAGACGCUCAGCCGCUUCGAUGUGACGGGCGACGCCUCCUGCACACGGGCUUGCGGCUUCAAGGUGAUGUACAAUCAGCUCCCCCCCGUCGACUCGCUAGCACAUCUCGCCUCCAACACCUCGACGACUCGAGUGGACACACGCGCCUUCACGCGCUUCAUGGCGUGGAGCAUCGCAAACGAGGUCCGCGUGGUCCACCUCGUUCGCCGCUCGCACAUCCGCAAGGCCAUAUCGCAUUUUCGGGCGGAGGAGACGGGCGUCUGGCACAACCUGGAGCGAGAAAAGCACCCGCCUCCAUCGGCAUCGGCAGCUUCGCGGUAUGCACUAAACACGUCGGCGUUCGAGAUUCUCAGCAUGGUGGAGUGGAUGGUCGUUGAGCUUGUGGAGGUGCGGGGCGCGCUCCGGACGGGCCUGGCGCCGAGCGCACAAGUGGAGAUCUCAUACGAGGCUAGAUGUAGCCGAAAUGUGAUGUGCACGCCUUAA